AUGUUGGGAAAGAUCUGGAUUCCUGACACCUUCUUUCGGAAUUCAAGAAAGUCUGACGCCCACUGGAUCACCACUCCAAACAGUCUGCUGCGACUGUGGAACAACGGAAGAGUGAUGUACACACUGAGUCUAGUUGAAUAUGUUAUCUUGACAAUAUUUUUUAACCCGAGUUGGCGAAUGAGCUACUUUACUAUUCAGACGUACAUCCCCUGUAGCAUGAUCAUGGUGCUGACAUGGGUCUCUUUUUGGAUCAACAAAGAUGCUGUCCCCGUCAGGACUUCUUUAGGAAUCACCACAGUGCUUAUAAUGACAACGCUGAGUACCAUCUCAAGGAAGUCACUUCCCAAGGUAUCCUAUGUGACGGCGAUGGACCUGUUUGUGUCUGUCUGCUUCAUCUUCACGUUUGCUGCUCUGAUGGAGUAUGGGACUCUACACUACUUCACCAGCAACAGGCAGAACAAGAAGAAUAAGGACAAACAUUCUCAGCAGAAAUCCAGCCGCAUGGUGAACAUUAGGCCAGUGAGGUCACUGCUCCAGAUGAAUAACAUCGGCCCCUACCAAGACGAGGAUGUUUACGCCUAUGUGUGUUUGGAUGGGAAGGGCUGCACCAGCUUCUUCUGCUGCUUCGACGACUGUCGCUCUGGAGCCUGGCGCAAAAACCGGAUGCAUGUCCGAGUCUAG